GGACGCGUAUAAAAGUUUAAUAAAUUACAUAAAAGAAAAUUAUUCAUAAUUUAUAUAAGAAUUCCAACACAUUCUGUAAUUCCAACAUAAACUCCUCAACACUUCACGCACGUUGUUGCCAACACUUCAAAUAAAAACUGCUGAAUAACCGUCACCUUGUCCCACGUAAAGCACAACUUGUCCAUGCAUGUAUAUAAUAAAUGUUGCAUUUGGUUACAACCAUUGAUUCUUGCAUUUCAGAGUGGGAAACUAAGAUGAACUCAAACAUGGCUUCCCUUUUGAGCGUGCUCUGUGUUGUGUUGGCUGUGAUGAAUGGCGCAGCCAAAAUAGCUGCUGCUAGGGAAUUCAAAGUGGGUGGUGACUCGGGUUGGCAUGAACCUGCGCGCAACGACACUGCAUUUUACAAUCAAUGGGCUUCAACCAACAGGUUUCAAGUUGGUGACUCGUUAGUUUUUGAGUACCAGAAUGACUCGGUUUUGAAUGUGGAGAGAUGGGAAUAUUUUCACUGUGAUUCGAACAACCCCAUCAGUGCUUUUGAUGAUGGGAACACCACAGUGAUUCUCGACAGCCCUGGGGUGUUCUACUUCAUCAGUGGAACAGAAGAUCAAUGCCAGAAAGGGGAGAGAUUGAUGGUGGAAGUGAUGUCACCACGCUCAGUUCUAAAGUCUCCACCCUCCAAUGCUUCGGUUCCUGCACAAGCUUUCUCACCAUUGCCUCUUUCUCAUCAUAGUCAUGGCUCAAGCGUUUCUGGUUCCAUGCUCAGUUUUUGCUUCUGUUUUCUUUUUCUGCUCACUGUGUUUAACUAGCUUUUUUCUUUAGAGUCUGAUUAGUUUAUGUCUUAGGAUUAUAGCAUUUGAACCAAAAUGGCUUUGAUUUUA